AAUCCCUUAUGAAUCGUUCUACGGCUGCGCCUGCCUGAUGACCGGCUGGCAGGUGGAGAAAGUGAACGGCUGGAGCAACAAGUACUUCGGCUGGGGCGGCGAAGAUGACAACAUGUGGAGGCGCAUCAAAGCCGAGAAAAUGAAGGUGUGGCGAGUGUCGGAUCACCUGGCCACUUACGCCACUCUGAAGCACGAACAAGCCACGUUCAAUCCGCAAAGGAUGAAAAUGCUCCAGUCUUCAGAGAGAGAUUAUAAGGUGGAUGGCCUCAAUAGUCUUCAGUUCACUUUACUGAAUGCAACGCAUCGCAAACUAUACACGAAGUUCCUAGUGAAACUAUAAUGUACAUUUUAAAUAAUCUGUGAGGACAUUUUCAUCGCUAUCAUUAAAGUAGUAAAUUCCCGAGAUUUACCUUGUGUAACCUGAUCUCAUAAAGAGCAUUUAUACU